GUCCUGUUGGCAUAAAGGUCACGCUCAAUGUUCAUGUUCGCAAUAACAAGGAAGUAUAUGUACGUUUGGUUUGACUAUAUUCACGUUUUAGACUUGUUAAAGCUUUCUUUAAACGUCUCAACAACUUAACUGAUGGACAAGGUCGCUUCGAACAUCCCAGGUAAGCUGGAACAUUAUUGUAUAGUCGGUAACUAGCCAUACAUUCACGUAUUGGGGGCCAGGUAGCUCUACUCAAGCUUAUAUCGCAUUAUGCCUGUAUUGUUAUGUCAACAUAAAGUUAAUUUAACCUGACUUUGGUCAGCAUUGUAUGACUUAUAAUCUUGGGUUUUUACCGCUAUGACUAAUUUAUGGUGUCUUGACCCUGAAAUACAGCGAGUUAGACUAAAGCCUAUGGCGCCAAUAAUGUCUAUAUACAGUUUGCCAAUUAGCAAUUCGUUAUGAAAUAUUAGAAUUAUUGAAAAUGUUAUACAAAACAUGGCCGAUUCAUUCUGCAUUCUAUUCACCCAUAUAUAUAUUCUGGUUAUAUUAUACAUUAUUAUUUCAAACUUAUUUAGUUCAGUAUUUGACUAGAACCCCACAACCAGCGCUCUUAAUGUACAAUAGUACAUCUUCACUGCCAAAGGUAAAGUCCUCGGUCGAGAACUCGAGAAAAUGAGUAAUAAUUUUCUUGAAUGUAACAUCUAUAAAGUGGCUUACAUUUGGUACUAUUUACUUUUUCUUUCUAUAUUGCUGAAUACAAACGAAGACGAUAUCUUUUAUUUUCAUUUAUUGACAAAAUACUAAUUCAACAAGCCGAUAUCGUACCCGCCUAACGGUAACCAAGCAUAAAGACACAAGUGCGUAUUAAAACGUCUUUUGUUUCAUUAAUUUACAACGAUAGAUUAUGAUCGAGAGUCGGCACUGUGCAUCUUGUGAUUAAAUUCUGACCGAAAUUUAUGAUAUUAGAUGUUUAUUAAGCAAAUAGAUUUGUUGUGGGAUGUUAGUUUGUGAUCAAUUGUCUUUGUGCGAUUGUCUUAAAUUGACGUGUAUAUUCUUUGUCUCUAUAAUAUAAUAGCUAUCAUAUCUGUAUUGUACACGAUUUUUCUUGUAAAAUUUCGUAUUUUACAGUACCAGCCACAUUUGUGUCAUGCGAUGAGUGACACGACAGCAGGUGUCAUUAGUGUAAUGCUAAUUCUGUCUUAUCGUUUGAUCCUAUUUGUGAAUUUAAUCCACGUCAUUUUGUCUAAAUUCCAAGAUCUUGCGUCCAAGAAUCGGUGGCAAUUAAUAUGUGCCUGGCAAGCGUCAAAACGAAAGACAUUUUGAAUAAAGUUUUGACAGUUGAGAAUUUGUAUUAAGUUGUUGUGCCAUUCAAAUGAAUGCAUGAAUAAACAUUGUCGCGCUCGUAUUCGACUUUUCCGCUUUGCUCGCGGACAACCUCAAUUGAAAUGGCUGUAUAAGGUAAUAAUUAUCUUAAACCAUGACAACUAUUUCCGAAAUUUAAAACGAUCCCUCCGCUCCCACGCGCCUGGAGAGGAAACUGUCUGUCUUGCCUCAAAUUGCAUCCAGUAUUUGUGACAGGACGGACACUCAGUUAUCUUUCUUACCGUUUGUAAGAAUGUGCGUGCGAGAAAAGAAAUUGGGGAAGCGACCACGAAUUUGCCCGACGUUCGUAUUCCUACCAAUUUUAUGCGCGCCGUUCUUCCCUUACAAUGGCCCAAUUUUUAAGCACAAUCUGCCCUACGCAUUCACACAUGGUGUGCAAUCUUCACAGCUGUUAAUGGACCGACAUUACCUCGGUGCUGUGGUCAUCGUAGAUCAUCCAGUCUUCCUGUUCCUCCUGCAGUUCAAGGAACGAAGUUAAGCAAUAGGAAAGAGAACGCAGAUCAACAGAAUGGAAAAGAACAUGAAGGCAUGUGGAUAAUUUACUGCAGUAGUUGGCAAUUUAAUUGGUUGGUCAGCUAGUUUGUCUUACUUUUUUAAUUAGUGGGAAUCAUAAUCUUAUUAUUAGCUUGUUAAUCUUGUAACUUAUUUGGCUAGUUAGUUAGUUAGUUAGUUGGUUAGCUAUAGCUAGUUAGUUUCUCAUUAGCAAGUUAGUUGGCUAGGUAUUCCAAGGCUUGGUUCCUAGUUAGUUAAUUCGUUUAUAUACUUAGGUUACAAAUUAGCCAGUUAGUCUGCAGUUAAUACGACAGUGAGUUAGUUAAUUGUCUACUGAUUAAUUAGUUACUCAGUUUAGUUACCAGUUAAUUAGUUCGUGUUCGUUAGUAAGUAUAUAUCAGUGAGUAAUGAGCAGUCACAAGUUAGUUACUAUUUAGUUGAUUAAUUAAUUAAUUAGUUAAUUGGAUAGUUAAUCAUAGGUAACUAGAUCGGCAGUUAAAUAUACCGUUAAUACUGUCAAUUAUUUUCUAUCAUAUUUUAGGAAGCAAUUCAGUCGAUUUAAAUGGUUUAGUAGACACUUUUAAUCAGGUAAAAUUACAGUUAAAUGAUUGAAUAUUGUAUGUCCACAAUAAGCUGUCGUGGUUUGUAUCUGAAAUACUUGAAGAAGAUUAUAAUAUAUUCUUUGAAGUUUUGAGGGAACGCUCUUUCUCAGGCAGUAAUUAGAGACGUUACGAUUUUAGGACGGCAACGCGACGACGACCAAAACAAACUCCUUCAAAUAAAUGGUAGUAAAGAUAAUUCGUCGUAUAUUAUCAAUCGUGUGAAUUUAAUACAGUCUUAUAAAUUGAAGACAUGGGUUUUAUGGUUGGGAAGAGUUCUGCUAGCCUAAACCCAGUUUGAAGUUGCACUUGUUGGGGCUUGAAAUGCAGCCGUUGUAUCAACACGUGAAAAUCUGUGAUUUGACGUUGCAAACAGAGCGAGGACAAUGACUAAAUUAUUCAUAUAUUGUAAUUACUUAAUUCUUUUCAAUGAUUUAUUGUAUUGGUAGCCGUUGCCGUCGCGUUGCCGUCGUAAAUUUAAGGUCUCUAAUAACGUAGAACCGGUAGAAGGAACAGCUUCCCUCGAAACGUUGAACUGUCAACUGUUGCCAUUUUUAUGAAGUAGUUCAGGAACAACCAUGCACAUGCACCAGCGUUGAAUGACAUAUCCACCACAAUUAAAAAGUUUCUAUAGACUAAAGGUUCAAAAUUUCUCUUCAUUCACUAGAUAUCAGAGAGUCUUUCUCGACCGGCCAAAAUAUUACUGGAAAUUUUAGAUAAAAAGAAUGGAAACGUGGAACACAGUAAUGAGGUACGAAAGCAUCGUCAUCUUAUAAGAAAUUUUCUCUUGCCAAGCUAGGUGAAGAUUUUAAGGAAUUUGUAAUUUUGUUAUGUUCAAAUAUAUUCAGAUAGGAUAAUCUCUUCAGUCAAAAAAGAAAGGCAUUAUAGUAUGUCUGCCAAAGGCAUUAUAUUAUGUUAAACAAUCUCAUGAAUUGAUGCUUGUGAGUUACUCCGCAUGUAUAUCUACACCGGGCAAGCGCUAGCUUGAAAAAUAUGCCUGUCCACGGUGGGAAUCGAACCUACCACCUUUGGAACACUAGCACAAUACUCUGCCAACUGAGCUACGCGGUCAGGUCGGUUCGAGUACGUGAUAUUUCGGAACAGAAUCUAGUUCCUAGAUUACAUUGAUAUCGAAGGAACUAUAGAUUAAUUCUGUUCCGAAAUAUCACAUACUCGAACCGACCUGACCGCGUAGCUCAGAUGGCAGAGCAUUGGGCUAGUGUUCCAAAGGUCGUAGGUUCGAUUCCCACCAUGGUCAGGCAUAUUUUUCAAGCUUGUCCGGUGUGGAUAUACACUCAGAGUAACAUCACAAGCAUCAUAUUCACCUGAGUAUAUGACACCAAGACAGAAAAAAUCUAAUGAAUUACUUAGGAAAUGCCUUCAAUUCAUUGUUUCAUUUUCAGUGUGAACAGGGAAUGGGCCAUGAUGCUAGCGAUGGACUGUACUUUGGGGAAAGAAUAGAAACUACUUUAAAGCAGCUCAAUACUAUUCAGGUUGGUAUAUGCUAUAUAAUAAAUGAACUAUCGUUUUAUCAUAUUAAAUCACAAUAAGGAAAAAUAGUAAGGAAUGGCCCUUAUUAAUUGAAGAUAUCCAGUUUAAGUAAAGUUAGUUUAGCUCAGAGUUGUCCUCUGUGCCUGUUGUGAUUUCUGGACCGCAUUCCCUUCGUCAUGACACGUUUUGAUACAUACCUACAGGGUAACCUCAAACACGUACUACCGCACAUGGAAACAAUCUUGAAAAAUUACAAAACUAUAAAGGAACGAACACAGUCCAGAGAUGAGAUGCUGAAGACUUUGGACAAGGCGUUGCGGCGCAGCGAAGGACGGAGUCGAGCGUUGCGGGACGAAUUACAGGAUUUGAGGGAUGAAAAUAAAUGUUUAAGAGAGAAAGCGCAACAGAAUGAAAGCAUUCUAAGGUAUGGGGUUAAACUGCAUUAUUUAUACUAGACAGCUCUUGGAGUGGCGCAAAAUAUUCAAAUUUUCUAAAACUUUGGAAAUUUGUUGAAAAGCAAGUAGGACCGUAAGCACAAUGAAAAUUUCAAAUUUUGUAAAGCAAAUGGAAUCCCACAGCGGGAAGGGGCGGGGCACAGGCACAUUAUGGAGAUGGGGGGGCAGAGGCACAUUAUGGCAUAAGGUUUACGGUUUGUUCUUUGUUAAUUCAGGUUCCUAAAUACUGACAAAACCACGGACAGUGGUGGUGACAAAAGGAUAAAACAUAAUGACAAGAGAUCGUCUAUAAACGGACUGGAGCAAGUUAACGGUCAAGACUCUGGAGAUACCUUGUACGCACGAGACGACCAGAAAAUUAAAGACUUGAGCGCUAAACUGGAACACUACCAGAAGGUUUUAUGCGACUACGAAACACAACUACAAGAAGUGGUUUUAUCGAAUAAAGAACUUCUAUUAAAAAUUAACGAGCGAGAAUCCGAAGUUAUGAAUCUCAACUGUGAACUCUUAAAACACCAAGAAACGUUGUCAGUUUACGAACAGGGGUUUAAAAACCUCUCUACGGACAAUAACCAGCUGGAUUCGGUGCUUCGCGACGAGCGGAAGAGGGCGGCUGAGCUUAGCGAAAAACUGGAUGAUGCUGAAGGAUACAUUAGCUGUAUUACGGAUAAAGUUGCUUCGUAUGAGGUCGAACUGAAGUAUUUGAGACAAGAACUUAGAAAGCGUGAUAAAAAGUAACUGUUACAUUGAAGAUGUAUACAGUACGUUUAAUUUGACUCAUGUCGUGGUCAAAUUAACCAGACUGUGUUAGAUGGAUAAUUAUUGAUAACCAUGCGGGACCCCUGGUAGCUAUCCACCGUAGAUGGUCAACGCCCUAGCUAGAUUUCAUGUGUGAUUUCAUUUCACAUCGAAAUUUUCACAUGUGCUUUGAUUUCAUAUAUGGUAAAUUCAUAUGUGAAAUACUAGGCUUGGGCGGUUUACCGGUUUUUCGUUUUUUUUUCGGUUUUAUUUUCAAACCGGUUUUUUCGGUUUAGCUUUUACAAAAACCGGAAAACCGUCAUUACGUAAUUGUUUACUGUAAUCGCCUGAAACUCGAUCUUAAUUCUCAAAACAUGACACCAAUUAAACUCCGAAGUGAUACAAGUUUUCAAAUGCGUUCUUGACCCUUUUAUUUUAAAACUGAAGUCGUUUUAGGUUACCUUUGCACAAUUUUGCGUUUUGUCAUGUACUGUUCGUUUGCUUAUGACAGAAAAAUACCACAAUUCCUCCUCAUACAGUUGAAAUACAAAUUAAAGGGAAAAAAACGGUUUUUCGGUUUUACCGGUUUAGAAUCAGACGGUUUUUCGGUUUUGAUUUUAAGCAAAACCGCCCAAGCCUAUGAAAUACCAUUUUCACAUAUGAAAUUUUUAUUUCCGAUGUGAAAUUCCAUGUUAAAAUUCUACGCUCAGAGGAAAACGUUGCCUUACCAUGUGCAGCAGUUGCUAUAGGGCUGCGAUAGACUUGCAUGCUUCAAUUAAAUCUUUAAAAUUGAAUUAGACUAACAAUAGAAUAUUUAAGACGCAUAGUAUUUUAUAUUAAACAUGUAUUUUUGUACGACAUAAUAGCGGAAACAUGUCAAGAAUUGUCAAGAAAAUAAUGUCAAUAAACUAUUUAAUAAACUCGCAUGACAUUGAGUUUAGAUGUUCCGAGGACACAGUGCGUUUAAAAUCGCUAACCCUUCAACGUUUCGCCCGUUGAAGCCACUUUUACGAUUUCUCAAAACGUGAUUAAAUAUGACAAAAUAGUAAAGG